UGCAGAGUGCAGAGCAGACUUAAUGAGAUUUGAUAUUACGCUUAUUGCAGCACUAACGCGUGAAUCAGCAUUCUUGUAUCAGUGCGCGGUUCCCAGAAAAACGGUUGCCGAAAGCCGGUUUGCAAAAUUUCAGCUAGGUACCUCAAGAUAAUUAGGCUUCGCUGGGAACGUUGCUAACAUAAGACUUCUCAGUUUUUGCAUAGAGCAGUGUGCACAACGUAUAUAUUUCUAUUCAGUAGGCUUUAGGGAAUUCGCAAAACUUCCUGCCCAACGUUUGAUCAAUGCGGGUUACCCGCAACCAGCGUUUGAUAGGUUCAUAAAAUCACUAUGCAUCCAUCAGCGAAGUUGAUUACUUUCCCAGUGGUACUGGCUUUGUUUAUCUCCGACGCUGGGAAAAGCAGAGGUGACGAACUAAAUAUUGACGAUGCCGGUAUACUUUUGCCGCUGCCUGAAUUCAACACGGAACUGAUGACGCGCGAUCAGUGCGAACUGCAGUUCACUGGUAACUGCGGCGUGCGUACCAACGUCGGCAACUCGUUUGCUUGUGCCCAAAACCACGGACUGGCCAUUAACUGCAGCGGCAACGCGACGAACGAAGAAGUGCACAAAUUAGCGGCGGCCCUCUCCCAGCCGCCCCUAAAGGCGGUCUCGAUCAGCCUGAAUGACGGACCGCAGAUCACCUUCGACAACCUGGCACCGAUCCGCGAGCCGACUGUGGUGUUCCACUUGCACAACUGCCGCUCACCGCGUGCCACGAAAACGCUGGCCCAACUGCGUCUGCCGCAUUUGCUGGAGUUCGGCGCACAUGACUGCCGCGCGCUAGACGUGCGGCGAGCCGACUUCUGGCAAUCGAACAAACUGCGCCUGAUCCAGUUCGUCAACAGCACGCUGGAGUCCCUCGAAGCCGGCACUUUUGCCGAUUUGCCUGGAUUGCGGCUGCUCUCGCUGGAGCGCGGCUUCAGUCAAAUGGAGACCUUCCAGGAGGAUGUUCAGACUUACCUGAUGCGGCUCCACUGCGGCGACAAUUUCGAGCCGUUUAGACGUUGGUGGCGCGUUAGCGGCUUGUUGCAGCAGACGACGGAAGGCGCUGUCUAUCGCAUCGAGUACGACUCAUGGAAGAACGAAGAACUGAGCAAAACGAUGUGUUUUUGCCUAUAGACUGUGCAGCAACGCCGUUUCCCAACGGAUCGGCAUCUGUCGACUUUACGUUGGAAGUUUUUUCCGUUAACGAGAGCCUCCUGUUUACAGAUCCCGAAAAGUUACCCUAUCGCCAGGUCAAUUCCACUGAAACGGGUGAUGAAUUUCCGACGUUUUCCAGCGAGCCGGUGACUGAGACGGAAUGCCAGAUAUUGUCGAUCGCCAAAUGUUAUCCACUACAGCGUAGGCUCCGGAGCUGCAAAAAUUAUCCAUUCAAACCCGAGAAGAUCGAAGGACACCCGGAACCUGACUGUAGCGGCGCGGCACAAGUACGCGAAAUCCGAGAGCUGGCCAUGGCGAUGGCCAAGCAACGGCUCCGACCAACAACCUUGAUAAUCAGUCAGCACUGGAAUGUCACAGCCGCCGACGUGGCGCCCAUUCGGCGGACUAUUGUCAGCCUCGAUGUCGGCGGCGGCACGGGGAGCCGUGUGACGGAGAUACCCCAUGAGCUCCGGCUGAGCAGUCUGCUGUACUUCGGAAUACUGAGCUGCAGCGACCUGGUGGUGCAGCGGAGUGACUUUGAGCGCCUACCGAAAUUGCGCGAAUUACUGUUUAGCAACACUACGCUGCGCAGCCUGCAAUUCGACGCAUUCGGCGCUCUGCGCGACCUGCGUCUGCUGGUGCCAGAAGGUGACUUCUCUUACCGAGCGCUUGUCGAGGGUGGAUUUUCGAAGCGAGUCCUUGAAUACGUAUGGCGACUACACUGCGGGUGCGAUUUCGCGUGGUUCCGGCAGUGGUGGACAAAUAACACGCGGCUCUUGCACGGUGAGCAGACGGAAGCGGGUGAAGUGUGGGCCUUCUCAAAUUAUAUCAGAAGCGACCCACUGAUGCGAGCAGAUGUGUUCCUGCCCAUAGACUGCGCACAACCGAUUCCCCUGACUGCCCAGAGCAUCAACGUCACCGAGACAGUCUUUUCGCGACACGCAGAACCGUGUAUUGGACACUGACACCACACGCUGCUGAAUGUGCACUUUACGUCAACGAGUUCUGCUGAUAGAUGGUGUCUUUACUUAUGGCUAGACGCACUAGUUGUAUUUCUGCAGUAAUUCGAUGUCUUUCGAAUAGGAAUGUAGGAGUGACCUUGCUCCGAGAAAUAUGCUGGCUAAAAUGUAAGUUGACGGCUUUUUAACGUGCACUCACGCAUUUCCGACUAGAAGCGCGCCACGAUCGCCACAUACAGGCUACAGCCGCGUAUUUCCAUGCAAAUCUGAACGCGCGCAAUUCCGCUGAGAUUUGCCGAUUCGGCUACUUUCUAAAGCGGCAUCGUGACAAAACGGCAGUGUCUCGCUGGAGAAUUUCUCUGGAUUCUUGCCGCGCAUCCAGUCGACAAUUUUGGAAGAUCUACCUCCUUGGAAAACCGACCGACCGGCAUUUUUACCGGCAUAUUUCUUAAAGCGCUGUUCUAUGAAUU